AUGAGGUUUCAUAUUACAUUUGUUUAUGGCCUCAAUGAUGAAAUGGGUCGAGGGCACUUAUGGCAAGAGAUUAUGGGAUUGGCUAGUAACAUUGAUGAGGCUUGGAUGAUUUUGGGGUAUUUUAAUGAGAUUCUUCACUAUGAGGAAAGGGCAGAAGACAGAGUUUAUUCUAAACUUGAUCGAGCUGUGGUGAAUCCAAAUUGGUCAGAUGCAUUUCCUAAUUCUAAGGUUGUUUUCCUUCCAGAAGGUUCUUUUGAUGACUGCCCGAUUCUUGUCUCGUUUUACCAAGAAAUUUGCAAUGGGCAUAAACGUUUUUGGUACUACAGAAUGUGGAGGGAUGCUAAGAAUUUUUCUAUGCUUGUUAAAACUAGUUGGGAUGAAGCUAUUUCAGCUGAGUUACAAGCUAAGCAGAGUAUGCUUGAAUGCCAGGCUACUUUGCAACAGGAUCCUAUGAAUGGUAUUCUCAUAGAUAAGGAGAAGGAGGCUCGUGGGAAUUAUAUUCAAUUAAACAAAGCCUAUUGUUUGUUUUUAGCUCAAAAAGCUAAGACGAAUUGGGUUAACUUUGGGGAUGAAAAUAAUACCUUUUUUCAUGCUUCUUUAAAAAUUAGAAGGGCUCAGAACAAAAUUAAUUCUAUUAAGAAUGAGCGAGGGCUUUGGGUAGAUAAGUCUGAAGAUGUCAAGGUAGCUUUCAUGGAUUAUUAUCAGGAGCUUUUGGGUACUACUAUGCCUAAUCAGCUGACUGUUACUAAAGCUAUAGUGCCAGGGCCUGAUGGUUAUGGAAGUUUCUUUUUUCAGGAUAAUUGGGAUCUUAUCAGCUUGGAAGUUAGUGAUGCAGUGCUCUCUUUCUUAAAAACUGGGAAACUCUUGAAAGAGGUAAAUACCACAACGAUCACUCUUAUUCCAAAAUCUAAAUGCCCAGAUAAUCUGGGUGAUUUCAGACCUAUAGCCUGUUGCAAUGUGAUUUAUAUGGCAGCCACAAAGUUAAUUUGUUCAAGAUUGAGGAUGAUUUUGCCUGAUUUAGUAGCUAAAAAUCAAGGGGGUUUUGUUCAUGGAAGAUAUAUAGCUUACAAUAUUAUGGUUUGUCAAGAUUUGGUGCGUCAUUAUGGUAGGAAAAGUAGUAAACAGAGCUGUACGAUAAAGAUCGAUUUGAGGAAAGCGUAUGACACGGUGGAAUGGGAUUUUAUAGGAGAAAUGCUAACUGCCUUUAAGUGA